AUGGGCAACAACAAGUUCAUCGUCUUCGGCGGCGGAGGGCACGUCGGACAGGCAUUCGCGCGGCAGGCUAUUGCGAUGGGGGCCGAGGUGACCAGUGUCGUGAGGGACGAUAGUCACAACAAGGAGCUCGACGCGAUCGGGGCGAAGCCGUACAUUCUCUCCCUAGAGGACUGCACUGUGGACGACAUAGAGCAUCUCGUGACGUCCAUCUCGCCUCGGGCCGUCAUUUUCUCUGCCGGGGCGGGAGGGAAGGGUGCGCCGGAGCGUACGCGCGCCGUCGACCUCGAGGGCCUGAAGAAGGUCGCGCAGGCCCUGCAAAAGACACCCUGCAAGCGCCUCCUCAUCGUCUCCGCCAUCGACGUGCGCGACCGCACGCAGGGCUAUCCCGCGCACUACAAUGAGGACUCGAAGAAGGGCUCGGACGAGGUCUGGUCCCGCAUCGGGCGAUACAUGCAGGCCAAGUAUGAGGCUGAUGCCUACUUGCACCAGAGCGGGCUGGAUUUCACGAUCCUGAGGCCAGGCAGGCUCACGCACGAACCCGCCGGAGGGUGUGAUCUCGGCCUGACACAGAUGGGACACACGAGCCGCGCACUCGUCGGCGAGGUGCUCCUCGCUUGCGCACUCACGGAUGGGACGAUUGGACUCACCCUCGACGUCCUCGAUGGCACGAAGAGCGUCAAGGAGGAAGUCGACAGGUGCGCGCGCCUCAAGGUCGAUGCGUGGGGGAAGACGGGCGACAAUUAG